AUGGCAUCUAGACUAGUACGUGUUGGCUGUCGUUUACCCCGUCUUCUUGCCUUCAGAAGCGCAGCAACGGCAGCACAAGAACAACAACCUGCUUAUCAUAACGAUCAAUUGCGGCUGACUUUUGCCUCUCCAGAAAAGGCUUUUUUUACUGAUGAGGUUGUGAAACAAGUUGAUGUACCGACAAUGGCCGGCAUGAUUGGACUUUUAGCGAAGCAUGUCCCAGUCUUGGGAGUUUUGAAACCAGGAGUCGUUGCAGUAACAAACAAUGAAGGGACAGUAAUGAAAAAAUUUGUUUCUUCUGGGACUGUAGCUAUGAAUCCUGACGGCAGCUGUCAGUUGUUGGCAGAAGUAGCUAUUGAUAUUGAUGAGAUCGAUGUAGUGAUGGUGAAGCAAGAAAUGGACGCUGCGGUUCGAUUACUCCAAGAAGACAGUAGUGACGUCGGUAAAGCGGAGGCAAAUAUCAUGAUUGAAGUUUGCGAAGCUUUGUUGAAGGCUGCUUCUGGGCAGUAA